AUGGGGCAGCAAAAGAGCGGCAAAGGGUUGACUCGUGUGGGUGGCAAGGGGUUGGCUCGCGUGGGUGGCAAGGGGUUGACUCGUGUGGGUGGCAAAGGGUUGACUCGUGUGGGUGGCAAGGGGUUGACUCGUGUGGGUGGCAAGGGGUUGACUCGUGUGGGUGGCAAGGGGUUGACUCGUGUGGGUGGCAAGGGGUUGACUCGUGUGGGUGGCAAGGGGUUGACUCGUGUGGGUGGCAAGGGGUUGACUCGUGUGGGUGGCAAGGGGUUGACUCGUGUGGGUGGCAAGGGAUUGACUCGUGUGGGCGGCAAGGGGUUGACUCGUGUGGGCGGCAAGGGGUUGACUCGUGUGGGUGGCAAGGGGUUGGCUCGUGUGGGUGGCAAGGGGUUGACUCGUGUGGGUGGCAAGGGGUUGACUCGUGUGGGUGGCAAGGGGUUGACUCGUGUGGGUGGCAAGGGGUUGACUCGUGUGGGUGGCAAGGGGUUGACUCGUGUGGGUGGCAAGGGAUUGACUCGUGUGGGCGGCAAGGGGUUGACUCGUGUGGGCGGCAAGGGGUUGACUCGUGUGGGUGGCAAGGGGUUGGCUCGUGUGGGUGGCAAGGGGUUGACUCGUGUGGGUGGCAAGGGGUUGGCUCGCGUGGGUGGCAAGGGGUUGACUCGUGUGGGUGGCAAGGGGUUGACUCGUGUGGGUGGUAAGGGGUUGACUCAUGUGGGUGGCAAGGGGUUGACUCGUGUGGGUGGCAAGGGGUUGACUCGUGUGGGUGGCAAGGGGUUGACUCGUGUGGGCGGCAAGGGAUUGACUCGUGUGGGCGGCAAGGGGUUGACUCGUGUGGGCGGCAAGGGGUUGACUCGUGUGGGUGGCAAGGGAUUGACUCGUGUGGGCGGCAAGGGGUUGACUCGUGUGGGCGGCAAGGGGUUGACUCGUGUGGGUGGCAAGGGGUUGGCUCGUGUGGGUGGCAAGGGGUUGACUCGUGUGGGUGGCAAGGGGUUGACUCGUGUGGGUGGCAAGGGGUUGACUCGUGUGGGUGGCAAGGGGUUGACUCGUGUGGGUGGCAAGGGGUUGACUCGCGUGGGUGGCAAGGGAUUGACUCGUGUGGGCGGCAAGGGGUUGACUCGUGUGGGCGGCAAGGGGUUGACUCGUGUGGGUGGCAAGGGGUUGGCUCGUGUGGGUGGCAAGGGGUUGACUCGUGUGGGUGGCAAGGGGUUGGCUCGCGUGGGUGGCAAGGGGUUGACUCGUGUGGGUGGCAAGGGGUUGACUCGUGUGGGUGGCAAGGGGUUGACUCAUGUGGGUGGCAAGGGGUUGACUCGUGUGGGUGGCAAGGGGUUGACUCGUGUGGGUGGCAAGGGGUUGACUCGUGUGGGCGGCAAGGGAUUGACUCGUGUGGGCGGCAAGGGGUUGACUCGUGUGGGCGGCAAGGGGUUGACUCGUGUGGGUGGCAAGGGGUUGACUCUUGUGGGUGGCAAGGGGUUGACUCGUGUGGGUGGCAAGGGGUUGACUCGUGUGGGUGGCAAGGGGUUGACUCGUGUGGGUGGCAAGGAGUUGACUCGUGUGGGUGGCAAGGGGUUGACUCGUGUGGGUGGCAAGGGGUUGACUCGUGUGGGUGGCAAGGGGUUGACUCGUGUGGGUGGCAAGGGGUUGACUCGUGUGGGUGGCAAGGGGUUGACUCGUGUGGGUGGCAAGGGGUUGACUCGUGUGGGUGGCAAGGGGUUGACUCGUGUGGGUGGCAAGGGGUUGACUCGUGUGGGUGGCAAGGGGUUGACUCGUGUGGGUGGCAAGGGGUUGACUCGUGUGGGUGGCAAGGGGUCCGUGCGCAGUGCCAGCCGUCUGUGCCCCUGCCACACUGCCCGCUCCACAGAUACUGCCAAGCUACGCCGUCCACCUGCUAAAGCUGCGAGCUUGCCCGUGCCCGUGGAGGAGUGGGGGUCGGGCGGCGGCUCGUAG